UGAAGACGUGAGGCAACUGGAGGUCCCUCAGUGCCUUCCUGGCUGGGCUGUCAGCGGGCGCUGCAGACACAGAGGUGGGGCAACGACAUAGGGGACCCGCCCAACUCCCGCAGGUCAGCUGGCAGCGGUGCAUGCCCAGCCCGCAGGUUUCUGGAGCUGGAGACAGUGCUGCCUGAUCACUAGCGCCAGCAACCCUGGGGCAAGGCUCUCCGCGGCGGCAUGUACUUCUCCUGGUGCUCAGGAACCCGGGCGCGGCGCCUGGAGUCUGCGGGCUCCCACAGCGGCCAGCUGCGGCAGGUGGCCUGCGGGGAGCGCCACUGCCUGCUGCUGCUGAGCUCGGGUACCGUGCUCUCCUGCGGGGACAACCACUGCGGCCAGCUCGGCUGUAAGGACACCGCACGCAGGAAGCGGCCAGAGCCAAUCCAUGCAUUUGAAACGCUGCAUUUUGAGCUUGUGAGCUGCGGGAAGGAACACUCCCUGGCUGUGUGUCACAAAGGCAGAGUCUUCGCGUGGGGUGCAGGUUCCCAGGGGCAGCUGGGGACUGGGGACACUCCGGAAGUCAUUCACACACCUCUGAAGAUAAAAUUCCACAGUGCUGUAAAAAUAAUACAGGUUUCCUGUGGCCAAUACCACUCCCUGGCAUUGUCAGAAGACAGUCAAGUGUUUUCAUGGGGAAGCAACAGCCAUGGACAGCUGGGCCUGGGCCAGAAGUUCAGCCAGCAUUCCAGCCCGCAGAAGGUCAUGUCUCUGCAGGGCAUUCCCGUGGCCCAAGUGGCUGCUGGAGGGACCCACAGCUUCAUCCUGUCUCUCUCUGGGACUUCGUUUGGCUGGGGAAGUAACAAUGCCGGGCAGCUGGCACUCAGUGGAGAGAAAGUUCCAGAGCAAACCUACAAGCCUCUUGCGGUUGGUGCUCUGAAGACUCUAGCUGUGACUUAUAUCAGCUGCGGUCAUAAACACACUGCAGUGCUGACUCAGGAUGGGAAAGUCUUCACAUUUGGAGACAACAGCUACGGACAGCUGGGACGUAGCACCACUGACAAGAGGACAGGCCCCCAGCUCCUGGAAGGCAUCCAUGGGCUGGCGUCUCAAGUGGACUGUGGGAGCUACCACACACUUGUGUAUGUCUACACCACGGGUCAGGUGGUGUCUUUUGGCCGUGGACCAGGUCCUGCAAGCAAAUCGACUCAACCGGAGAACUUGAACAUGAGCUACCUGAUUCCCUCAGAUGGCCUUGAGGAUGUUCACGUCAAACAUAUUUUUGCUGGAACUUACGCCAACUUUGUGACAACUUCCCAGAAGGAUGCGAGCUCCACAGAUGUUCCCAUGAAGACCCUGCCGGAAAUAAACCGCAUUAACCCGUCCCUGACAGAAAAAUGGAACUCACCACCAAGAAGUGCGGAGUACAGAACAGCUGAGAGUAAAAUUAAAAUGGCGUUCUCAAGUCCUGCUUGCCUGACUGCGAGUUUCUUAAAGAAAAGAGGAUGUGAAGACACAGCUUCCAUUGACAUAGACUUGCAAAUGGCCAGAGAUACCUUCAAGAAGCUCACCUCAAAGAGAUGGACAUCCAUGAUUACCCAGUGUCUCAGUGACAGCAUGUUCGGGGCACUCCCACACCGAUCUCCACACCUAGAGGCACUGUGGGUCUUCCUCCUGCUCCCAGAAUGUCCCGUGAUGCAUCAUGCCAGUAACUGGGAAAAUCUGGUCCUCCCAUUCGCAAAGGCCAUUCGCAAAAUGACGGACAAAUCUUUAGGAGUGCUGAAGCAGUGUUGGGCAUCUGUGGAUGAAGAUUCUCUACGCACUCUAGUCCAGAUGCUUAAAGAUGCCAUCAGCUCUCAAAUGCGGAACUGGGAUGAGUCCACUGAGGUUCAGAAGAAUAUGAAAGCUCUGCUAGGAGUGAUGAAAGAAGUGCACAAGGUAAACAAGAAAGCUAAGUGUCAACUACCAGAAAAUAUCUUCCACAUAAAUGAAUUGUCCCAUUGGAUGUCCUUUGAUGCAGAAAGACUAAAAAUGUUCUUUAAGGAAAAUCAGUGCUUUGCAGACAACACCAGCCCUGUUCUCUUCAGUGAUUUUCCAUUUGUCUUUGAUACAGUUUCCAAAAUUAAAUUACUGCAAGCUGAUGCCCAUCACAGAAAAUUAAUAGCAGAAGCACAUGCAUUCAAGAAUAACCUCUGGAUGAGUCUAAUAAGAAACGAACCCUACCCUUCAGCCAGACUGAUCCUGAAUGUCAGACGAACUCACCUGGUUGAAGAUGCUCUGUGUCAGUUGGACCGAGUUGAAGACACUGAUCUCUGCAAACAACUACUGGUUGGCUUUGUUGGGGAGAUCCGUCCUGAAGCUGGAGGGUCAGUGCCUGAAUUCUUCCAAGGUGUGUUUGAAGAGAUGACGCACAAAGACUAUGGGCUGUUCAUUUAUCCUGAUGAGGGCCCCUACAUGUGGUUUCCUGUCAAACCCAUAUUGAAGAAGAAACGCUAUUUCCUCUUUGGAAUUCUGUGUGGACUUUCUCUGUUCAAUUUGAAUGUGGCCAAUAUCCCUUUCCCACUGGCUCUGUUUAAGAAACUUCUGAAUCAAAAACCAUCAUUGGAAGAUUUAAUAGAACUCAAUCCUACCUUGGGGAAGAGUUUGCAGAUGGUUCUGAAUUGUGAAGCUGAUGAUAUGGAAAGCCUCGGCCUAUUUUUUUCUAUAUACUGGGACCACAAUACCAUUGCUUUAAUUCCAGAUGGGGACUCUAUCCCUGUGGAUCACACCAGGAAGGAACAGUAUGUUUCCAAGUAUGUCGAUUGCAUCUUCAACACGUCUGUAAAUGCACUUUAUAUGGAAUUCCAAAGAGGAUUUUCUAGAGUGUUUGACAAGAAAAUACUCAGAAUUUUCCAACCGGAAGAACUAAUGGCAGCAACAAUUGGAAAUACUGAUUAUGACUGGGAGCAGUUUGAAAAGAAUUCACAGUAUCUUCAAGGAUAUCACAGAUUAGACUCCACUAUACAGAGAUUUUGGAAAGCUUUCCACAAAUUAGCUUUGGAGGAAAAGAAGAAAUUCCUUUUUUUUCUGACAGGAAAUGAUAGGCUGCAAGUAAGAGGCAUCAAAGACAUUAAUAUCAAAUUUCGUUGUCCUGAAGUUUUCACUGAAAAUGAUAACAUGAGACCACUGACGUGUUAUCAUAUUUUGGACCUCCCCAAAUAUUCUACACUGGGAAGAAUGAAGGAAGCCCUUCAAGUGGCCAUCAAUAGCUGCAAAGGCUUCGCCUUACCUAGGGAAUAGCUACCUCAGAGAGUUCAGUGACGAUGCCCCCUCUCACACCCUUGCAGACUUCUAGUCCAAAAGUCUGAGGGAUUCUGAUUAGAAUUAAUUGAUGAAGUCUGGGAUAAACAAAAAAGUGAGGAAUCCAGAAUGUUUCUGAAUCAGCAGUUCUUGAUCAUUAAGCAUGCUACUGGAAUAUUAUUUGCUAUUUACUAUUUCUUCCCCCCCCAAUGAUAAUUCUCCUAUAAAAACAAACUGAAAGCAAAUGAUGAAAUCUUGCCGCUUGUAAUGAUAUGGAUGGACCCUAGAGAGACUGCUAAUUGAAACAAACAAAAUAGAAAAGGACCAGUAUGAGAUAGAAAAAAGACCAAUACCGACCAUGUGACUUCAUUCCUAUGUGUAAUAGAAAGACACAAAGAAGACAAAUAGAGUAAACAAACUUUGAGAGACUGAACAGACUGGUGGUUAGCAGAUGGAGGGUGGGGAGAAAGGGAGGUGGAGGGAACUGGUCAAGGGGUCAGUUGUGCCAUAAUGUAUGGAAACUAGGCUUUUCAAGAAAUGUUUACAAGAGAAUUUUAAUUAUAAUGCUGUGUACCUGAAACGUGCAUUUUGAGCCAAUAUUACCUCUGUUAAAUGUAGUUCAAUAUAAAAGUUAAUGUUGAAAGUUAAGAGAUUUUUCUUAAAGAAACACUGUACCUGUAAUAAACACAGUCUACAAAUAUGAAA